CUAGAUUAUUUAACUUAUUUGAGUGAAUUUGAUAAUUUUGCUGAGUAUCCCAAAGAAAAUAAACACGGAGAAUAUAUUAAAUAUUUGGAAGAUUUACGUAGUUAUUUAGAAAGCUUUUUCGGAAGGGUAAAACCACUUUCUAAUUUGGAAGACAUUAAAGAGACAACUAGAAAAAGUUUUCAUCAGCAAUGGGAAAGUGGAAAAUUUCCUGGAUGGGAAAAACAAAUCGGUUCAGACGAAGACAAGUCCUUGUUUUGUGCUGCUUGUCGUAAGGGUUAUAAGAAACAAACAGUAUUUGAUGCACAUUUAACAAGUAAAAAGCACAUAAAAGCUGCUAAUGCAAUGGUAGAACAAGGAAUUACAUCUAUAGAUCGUGAAACACAAGAAAAAUUAAUUAAAGAAGCGGAGAAUGAAAGAGAUAGUCGAGAAAGAGAAAUUGCAUUUAUAGAAGCAUUGAUACGCAAAUAUGCGGAAAUAUUGGGCUCACAGCGAGAAGACACUAAAGCAAACGUAGAGAGGAAGCGAGCCUUAACUGACAGAGAGCGUAGAUUACACGGACUUGGAGUCGAAUACCCAUGCGAAAUAUGUGGCAACUAUGUUUACAUGGGCAGAAAAGCUUUUGAUAGACAUUUUCAGGAAUGGAGACACGCUCAUGGUAUGAGAUGUUUGGGUAUACCAAAUACGCGACAUUUUCACGAAAUCACAUUGAUAGAAGAUGCAUAUGCUUUAUGGGAAAAAUUAAAAAGUUCGGGUAAAACUGAUGAAUUCAAACCGGAUACGAUGGAAGAAUUUGAAGAUCAGGAUGGAAAUAAUGAGUAUCGUCAUAUAUGUUCGUCACUAAUUUUCUUCUUUUUUACAAUUAUUGUUUGUUCAAAUAUUUCAUGGAAUGACACAUGGGAAUGUUGCUCUUCUGGCCUUAUUAGUUCACCCGCGUUGCACGGGAAUUUUUCCUUUCAUAGAUCUAAUCCUAUAUGA